GGCAUGCUCCUCACCCCUCUAAUGCUGAGAUUUUUUUCCAUUUGCAGUUUGAAGGGAGAAAGUACUGCGAACAUGAUUUUCAAAUGCUUUUUGCCCCUUGCUGCCAUCAAUGUGGUGAAUUCAUUAUUGGUCGUGUUAUUAAAGCUAUGAACAAUAGCUGGCAUCCAGAGUGCUUCUGCUGUGACAUCUGCCAACAAGUAUUGGCCGAUGUCGGAUUUGUCAAGAAUGCUGGCAGACAUCUUUGCCGUCCUUGCCAUAACAGGGAAAAAGCCAGAGGCCUGGGAAAGUACAUUUGCCAGAAGUGUCAUGCCAUUAUUGACGAACAGCCUCUCAUAUUCAAAAAUGAUCCUUAUCACCCUGAUCAUUUCAACUGUGCAAACUGCGGAAAGGAACUUACUGCUGAUGCUCGUGAGUUGAAGGGAGAAUUAUACUGCCUACCCUGCCAUGACAAAAUGGGUGUCCCCAUCUGUGGGGCAUGUAGAAGACCAAUUGAAGGCCGUGUGGUGAAUGCUAUGGGCAAACAGUGGCAUGUGGAGCAUUUUGUUUGUGCAAAAUGUGAAAAACCAUUCCUGGGUCAUCGUCAUUAUGAGAGAAAAGGCUUGGCGUAUUGUGAAACCCACUACAAUCAGCUAUUCGGUGAUGUUUGUUUCCAUUGCAACCGUGUGAUUGAAGGAGAUGUUGUGUCUGCUCUGAAUAAGGCGUGGUGCGUGAACUGUUUCGCUUGCUCAACUUGCAACACUAAGUUAACACUCAAGAAUAAAUUUGUUGAGUUUGAUAUGAAGCCUGUCUGCAAAAAGUGUUAUGAGAAGUUUCCUCUGGAGCUGAAGAAACGACUGAAGAAACUAGCUGAAACUUUGGGAAGGAAGUAAAGACUUCAUCUGCUUUCCCCUUCCUUUGUGAAAAUUUUAUAUAUAUACUUGGAGGCUGGGGGCUGCGUUGAGGCUGCAGUCAGACACCAAACGACGAUGUAUGCCUUCUAUCAGAUCGAAAUACCUUAGCAUUCUCUGUUCU